AUGCAAAAGCAGAAGAUUCUUCAUCUUCAGGAAAAAGUUGACUCCCUGACAGAUGACAAACAUUUUCUCAGAGCAAGAUUGGAGGAUGUCUUUGUCAUAGCACUUCUGAGGCAUGAAGCCGUAAUGUCUCCUGGACAGACACUGUCUGCAUCUUCAUCCAAUACUGCUGCAUCCAAGGAGAAGGUGUCCAGUGAUGAAUCUUCUGAUUCCUCAGAAUCUUCAGAUUCAUCAGAUUCCGAACCAAGAACAAAGAAGAAGAAAAAGGAUAAAAAAUCCAAGAAACUGAGGGUUGAUUUUAGGAGAGUAAAAAACCCUGAAGACUCCAUCAAACGCUACCACAAAGUGUUACACCUGGUAAAUGGUGGCUUCACUAAAGCUGAAGCGUACAACAAAAUGAAUGUUGACAGAAACACAAUUGUCAUGCAAGCCCCCAUUGCUGAGUUGGCAGUUGCAAAUCCUGAAGAAUACAAAGGAGUGAGAGCCACUUUUAAAAUGGGAGAAAGCAUCCAAAAAUUUUCUGAUGUCUGUCUUGCAAGGUGCCUGGAUCAACCUAAUGUAGACAUGAUAAAAAAAUUGAAAGAGAGCAGUGCCCUUCUUGAUAUAUCAAAGAAAUGCUGUGGAUGGGAGCAUCCCCACUCCACUAUGAAGAUAAUCAAAGGGGCUCUGGCCUGCACUCUGGAUCAAGUAAUCAAGGAGGACAUGAAGGAGAACUGUAUAGGGUGCUCUGUGAAACACCCAAGCCAGCGUCGGCACACGUGCCUGUACGACCCCGAACCGUUUUACUUCUUUAACAAUUUUGAAAAGAUGAUCAAAAAGCUGUACAGACUGUGGUUUAAACAUGUCAUCACGAAAGCGGUCGCGGUGUGCAAUCCCGACCCCUCGCCCAUGAAAGUACAAGGCGCUAUUGAGGCCGUCAUGUGUGAGCUUAAAGAUUAA